CUAACCUGUUAUAUUUUACCGAAAGCUCUAGAAGCUUCGAAACGUUGCGAUACUUAGAUCUCAGCUGCUUAACCCGUUCUUGUUAUUCCGCAUCCUUUCUUUCUAUUGCCCCAUCCAAUCCCCCUCCCUGCUCCUUCUCAGCUACUUGCAAUUGUUUUGGCAGCACUUGUUCUUUGGAAAUCCUUGGUUCAAGAGUCUGUAUCUGACCUUAUAGAAUGGCAGGCCAGAGCUCUAACGAUGGUCCUGGUGCUAGCAAUGUUUCAGCAGAAUUGUCUGAUUCAACCGUUCAGCUCAAUAUCAAGACUUUAGAUUCCCACAUUUACAGUUUUCAAGUGGAUAAGAACAUGCUGGUUUCAUUGUUGAAGGAGAAAAUAGCCGAUGAAAUUGGUGUUCCAGUAGGUCAGCAGCGGUUAAUAUUCAGGGGGAAAGUCUUGAAGGAUAAUCAUAUUCUUUCUGAGUAUCACAUUGAGCAUGGGGAUACAUUGCAUUUGGUUCAAAGGCAGCUGAACCAGUCACAGACUCCUGGUACCAGUUCUGGUGAGACAACUGGUACAAAUGGAAACCGAGGAAAUGAUGCAAGCUCUGGGGCGCAUCGUAACCGUGCUGGGCAAAUUUCACACAGUGUUGUUCUAGGGACCUUUAAUGUGGGGGACCAAGGUGAAGGAAUUGUUCCUGACCUUAGUCGGGUCAUUGGGGCAGUUUUGAACUCUAUUGGAAUUGGUGGGCAGAGCACUGGUGGUGUUACAAAUGGUACACAGUCUUCUCCACCAAAUCCAUCUACUCAGGGUCCUUCUGGGAAUGAAGCUGGCGGAAUGCAUCCUCAAAAUCAGAACCCAUUAGGAAAUCAAGCUCAGACUGGACAGACAUUUCCUAACCAACCAUUCCAAUCUUUACCUCAUGUAGUUCAGAUUCCUCUGGCUGCAGGAUCCGUAACUGUGCCAUCACUUAGUGCACCAAUUCCUCAUUCACUGGAUACUCUUUCUGAGUUUAUAAAUCGCAUGGAGCAGACACUAUCACAAAAUGGUUAUCAGACAAAUUCAUCUUCAACGAGUGGAGGAGAGCAAACACAGGUGGAAUUACCCUCCAACCCACAAGGGUUGCCAACAGUUGAAGCAUUGACUGCUGUCUUGCAUCGUGCUGAAAGGCUGCUCAGUGGCCAUGCUAUUGCUGCACUAUCUCAUAUUGCAGGACGCUUGGAACGCGAGGGAACUACUUCUGAUCCAAAUAUAAGGGGUCAAAUACAGUCUGAGGCAAUGCAAAUAGGACUUGCCUUGCAGCACUUGGGUGCAUUUCUACUUGAGCUUGGCCGUACAAUCUUGACACUGCGUAUGGGACAGUCUUCUGCAGAGUCUGCUGUCAAUGCUGGGCCUGCUGUUUAUAUUUCGCCAUCAGGACCUAAUCCUAUAAUGGUGCAGCCUUUCCCACUUCAAACAAGCUCCCUGUUUGGUGGUUCUGUUCCUUCUUCAACUCCGGCAACAUUUGGUACAGUUGGUGUUGGAAAUGCCCCUCGGAAUGUAAACAUCCAUAUACAUGCUGGAACUUCUCUUUCACCAAUUGUUUCGGCAAUUGGUUCUAGGCCAAAUAAUGGGGAAGGGGUAUCAAAUGAACGUCGGAAUGCUCCUGGUUCUGGUGAUUUAGGUUCAAUGCAUGCUUUACCUGUGAGAAAUAUCAUUGCUGCAGCUGUACCUUCAUACCCUCCUGGCACUGGGACCAGUAGUGGUAUGCAAUCCAGUGGUGUUUCUACUUCACAACCGCCUUCUGAUUCAGUUGCAUUAUCAUCUGUUAUAGCUGAAAUCAAUUCUCGUGCUAGACACAUUUUUGGAAAUAUGCAAGGAGAUAAUACAGUUCUGUCAGGUCAAGUGGAGUCAACCAACCGGGACUUGCCUGUUGGAAGGGAAUCACAACCUGCUACUGGAAAUGAACAGCUAGAUACCAUGGAGGCGAAUGCUGUUGAAGCUUCCAGGGUGUCUUCAGUUGCUUGCACAUCUGAAAGUGGAGUAUGUCAGCCCCAGCAUGAGGCAGCCCAAACUUGUAAGAAUGAGGGGGGAGGUGUUUUGAGCAACACAUUUGGCUCUUCCAAUCAAGAUUCAUUAAGUUGGUCAAGAGGAGAAAAAAUAUCAAAGCCAGAAAAUGCACAAGAAAAUGCUCCAUCUGCUGGUGAAAAACAUGCAACUGAAAGCGCCAAAGCUGUUCCCCUUGGACUGGGUGCGAGUGGCUUGGGGCAUAAGAGGAGAAUGAGACUGCAACAUCCUGUAGAUAGAGGUGCUGAUGAUGGAUCAGCCAGUUCUUCAGGUAAUCAACAUCAGCAAGCCAGGACAAGUGGGCAUAAUAUAUUGCAAGCUCUUGCAAGUCAUGGAACUUCUAUGAACCAGAGAAAUGCUAAUGGUCCAUCCCAAGUGCCCCCUUCUCCUGGUAAUGGCCAGAUUGAUGUGGCUGGUGUUAUGUCUCAGGUCUUGCAUAGCCCUGCUUUGAAUGGUUUGUUAGCAGGGGUUUCACAGCAGACUGGAGUCGGCUCACCUGAUAUCUUGAGGAACAUGUUGCAGCAGUUCACACAGAGCCCACAGAUGAGGAACACUGUCAAUCAAAUUGCCCAACAGGUUGGCAGUCAGGAUAUGGGGAAUAUGUUUGCUGGAAUGGAAAGAGGGCAAGGUAGUGGCAUUGACUUUUCAAGGAUGCUCCAACAGAUGAUACCCAUUGUAUCUCAAGCUCUUGGAGGUGGAACUCCUCAGUCAUUCCCUGCUGAAAGGAGGGAUCCCCAGGCACUCUAUGGUGAUGGAACGCAUGGCAGAGAUGAAAACUUUGAUCAUCAGAGUUUACAGAUCAAUCUCCAACCAGUGGUAGAGAGGAUGGAACACGUUAGUACACGAUCAGAUGUAUUCCGUGCGGUGGUGGAAAAUGCUAUUCGGCUAUCCAGAGGGGGAAGUUCUUAUGGUGGUCUUCUGGAUGAGUUGUGUAGUGAUGAGUAUCUUCCCGGUGACUAUAUGGAGAUGUUACGACACGAUGUUAGUCGGCGGCUGAAUGGGAAUUCUGGGCGAGACUAGUUACAAUUCCAGCUGGAAGCUUAUUUGUUUUCUUGUUUGCUGAUACACAUUGAUUCAACAGCUGUUGGCCGUUCUGAAAGCCCUUGUAAAGAAUGAGUUUGGGCGUCCAUGGGUGCCCCCGCCCCCCCCCCCCCCCCCACACAAAAUUAUUUGUUGGUCUCGAUCAUUUUGAUGGACUUCCAGACGGCUUCGUGUGGAAGUUCAAAAGUACACCACCCGACUGACGCUUGUCACACAUAUAUAUAUAUAUAUAUAUAUAUAUUAUAUUGAACA